AAACCCUCUUUCCUCUCACAUUCAUCUUCAUAAUAUAUCCCACCAUAAUUUCUUUAGGUGGAAUAAGAGCUUCCAAGAACUCAAGAUUUCAAAUGGGUCGAGAAAUACAACCCUGCCCAUCUCAAACACAUGCUCGAACCGAAAAAAGACGCGGUGGGAACCAAGGGGAAGACGACGGAUCAAUGGACUGUUCUGGUAAGGCAUGUCAGUCUUGCACGGGGAGGGUGAUCGCUGACUGCGUGGCGGUGUGUUGUUGUCCUUGCGCGGUCAUAAACUUCUUCACACUCACAUUUCUUAAGCUUCCAUGGAUGAUGGGGAGGAGAUGUUUGAGUAAAAGAAAGAAGAAAAAGAGGUUAGAAAUUGAGGGUAAAGAUGAAAUUUCAAGAAAAGAUCAAGGAGAGAAUGGGGAUUUAGCUAAAGUAACCAACAUUGAAGAAGUUGAAGAAGGAAGUUGUAAGUAUAGUGCAAGGUUUGAAGCUGAGAGGGUUUGGUUAGAAUUGUAUAGAGUUGAUAAUUUGGGCUUUGGUAGGGUUUCAUUUAAUGGCAUCCAAUCACUUGGCUAAUUAGUAGUAGAAUUAUUAUUAUAUUAUUAUAUUAUUAUUAGGUUUAAAUUUUGAUCUAAGGUGCAUUGAUAUGGAUUGUACUACAUGGGUUGAUGUAUUAACAUAAUCCCAUAAAUGAUUAUUGUUUGCAUGGUUCAUUACAUAGUACACACACUACUAUAGAGUUUGCUUGUCGUGUUGAAUGAGACUCAUUUACCUUUA